AUGCAUUUAUUUUCAUCUAUUAAUGAUGUUCUUGAGUAUGUUGGGGAGAAUGGUUAUGAGGAUGCACAUAGGGCUGAAGCUUUGGAUGUGCAAGAAAUUCUAAAUCAUUUUGAGUUUAUCUUUGUGUUGCAUCUCAUGAGGAAACUCUUGGGAAUUACACAUGAUCUCUCUCAAGUUCUACAAAAGAAGGAUCAAGACAUUGUUAAUGUUAUGAAUCUUGUCAAAGUAGCAAAAACACGUUUACAAGUAAUGAGGGAAAAAGGUUGGGAGGUUUUGCUUACUGAAGUUACAAAGUUUUGUAGAACAAAUGAGAUUGAUGUGCUUGAUAUGGAAGAUGAGUGUGUAGUUAGAGGAAGAGGAAGGCGUAAAAUUGAGAAAAUUAAAAAUCUCCACCAUUAUCGAGUUGAGUUGUUUUGUUCAGUCAUUGAUAUGCAAGCUCAAGAGUUGAAUCACCAGAAGCUGCUUCGCCUUGCCAAGUAUUAUCCAUCUGAAUUUUCUGAAGUUACUUUGUAUGAGCUUGAAAGUCAGCUUGAUAACUUUAUUUUUUAUGUGCGCACAGAUGAAAGGUUUUCAAAAGUAUCGGGAAUUGCAGGUCUUGCUCAGAAUAUGGUUUCUACAAGAAAACAUGAGAAUUUUCCGUUGGUUUAUUUGUUAAUUAAACUGUCAUUGCUCUUACCCGUUGCCACUGCUUCAGUAGAAAGAGCUUUUUCAGUAAUGAAGCUCGUUAAGACUUCUCUACGGAAUCGUAUGGGAGACCAGCUAUUGAAUGAUUGCUUAGUUCCUUAUAUUGAGAAUGAUGUGUUUGUUAAUGUAACUAAUGAGGCUAUUAUGCAGCGGUUUCAGAAGAUGAAAAGUAGAAGAUGA